GCCGGUUAGACGGGUUAUCCGCUUUCAAGCUCCUUUGAAAAUAGUGUUUCGAACACUAGUUUUCCGCAAAACAGAAACCGGCUCGGGAACUACCGACGGAAAAGUUCGCAAGGAUUUUGGCCACGCCGCCCGCCGUGAGGCUUCGUCAAGUUUUGAGUUUGGGGGUUUGUGUUUAUUAGUUUGAAGUAAGGGUUAAAAAACCCUCCCCGAACACGUGUGACUAGUGAUUUUGGGGGGAAUCGGAAUUCCUGGCCUGGCUUUUCCUUAGCUUCCCGGUCCGUGCUACAAAUUUAAUAGUGAUGAAUCAGCUGUAACAAUCAGGUUAUUUACCAGAUACCGGUCUAUGUUUGGGGGAAUGUGACGAGUUGACCUUUGACGUCUUGCGUCGCGACGGCAUAUGCUCCUGGGUGUAUGUAGAGUAGAGCCGUCGUCGUAUGUCGUCUAGUGGUGCAUAGCUUUAGGUGCCGAAUAGAAGUUAAAAAACACCGAAGACCGGAAAGAAGCGCGACGGGAAAACCAAAACCGAAAACCAAAGACGCGCCCGGUGGAAAACGCCGGAAAAUCUACCGGCAUUAGGUAUAUGCCACUCGGAAGAGAUAUAGCAAGAAAGAGAGUCUGAAGAAGAGUGCCAUUUGUGAGAAUGUGAUGCAUCGUGUCGUGUGAUUCGGAGGCAAUUAAAAUAGAUGAAUACCGGGUGAAUCGCAUAUAUACUAAAAUCGUGACUGCAUUUGUCUAUUUUUUUUUCUUCUUCAAUCAACGCACAUAAAAGAUAGUGAAACAACACCAAAAUAAAAACAACUAGGCAUCAAGUGAUUAGAUUUACCGGUGCGGAUCGGAAAAUGUUUAAAGUGACACAGGAAUUCGGUGUGAAGUAAUGUUGAUUAUCUUUUGGGGCACUAUUUUUUUUUCUUCUCCCUUGUGAGCAAUGCAGCAGCUGUUGAACGCACCUGAUCAUAUGGAAUUCCUCCAAGGGGACGGACGCCAGCUCCAGUAGGGGGAACAGUUCGGGAAGGUUCGACACAACAGAACACGUAAGGAAACCGAAUAACGAAAAAGGCAGAAAGCCCUGGACAGAACAUGAGAAAUCGUCUCGAGGUCCUGCACGUGGCGUUUCUUCUGCUGACGGUGAGCAGUCAAACGGUGUUGAUAAUGGCGUCCCGGGCAACCUACAACGCACCCCGGGAAAGGGGGGUUGCGAUUGGGACGGCUUUGGGUGUCGAGGGAGGGCGGAACCACCCAUUGCAAUGCCCUCGGUUACGUUCCGGUGGGGAAACGGAAGCUGAACAGGAACAACAACUGCUGUCGAUAAACGAAUGGUCCAGCACGGUGCCGGCCAUCGAUUUGGAGGAGGAAAAACUCAUGAACAUGGUGGAAAACGUCAGCAGAAUAAGAUACGUUAUUCAUCUAGCGGAAACAAGUCCGCUGUCUAUCGUCAUCAUCCCAUCGUGCACGCCCAACUUGACCGAAGGAAUUCGGUGGACAGUUGUCUACAACGAAAGAGAAAUCCUCUCGAGUCACAACACAAGGAACCGUACGUCGUUCCAGCUUUCCUGCGCACCGUCUGGUUCCUACCACGUCUGGAUAGAGCUUCCCGACAGCUUUUGUUCCGCCGAGAUCUCCUACAACACGCGAAGCUUAACGGAUAUGUGGCCACUGCUGAAUCGAACAGGAUCACCGAUCAAGUUCCAUCAACAUCCUCGAAGAAAUCAACUUCUAGUCAAAUGGGAAAAGAGCAAGUUUGACAUCCACGCCAUGCACUACUGUUUGGUCAUCAGCCGGAUAGGUCCUCAACACACUCUCUGCCAAGCGCUGGUAAAUUCACAACUUUCUACCAGGUGUAGCUCAUCAAUCACGGAAACUCUCCAGCGGAUAACAGUAGAAGAGGAGAAAAAGGUCAAUCCGGAAGCUAAAAUAACAAUCGCCUGCACCGGAAUGCGGACCAAGCAAUUACUCAAGGGAAUGAAAGCCAACACUACGUAUUUUGUGGAGAUUUUCGCUGUUCACACCCAUGAACACAAUCUAUCCUAUCUAUUGGCGUCCACUGUCAUUACAGUCAAUCGAACACGUCCUACUCAACUGGUCGAGGGAAAUUUUUUCGUCAGUAAACUUUCGACCCUGGGAGGACUUACAAUGUUCUCGUUCAAAGUGCCCAAAAGGGCACCGUCUAACGCAACCAUAAAAUUCCUCAUAACUCCAUGCGGAGGAACAGUAAACUUCGAAAUCUACCGCAAGAAACGCAUGCUUCAAAAGCCAACGAUGGACAUCUACUACCCGAAAAUAAUCACAGUAAAUUCAGCUAUCCCUGGGGAGCGAUAUCAGGUGCAGAUCACUGAAGCCGAUGAGCACUACCGAACCAAUCGGAUCCAGAUGGCCGUCACGACCAAGGAAGAGUUUAGCAAUCUUCCCCAGCUACCGAACAACACUACGGUGGUGGAGCUGACCGAGAUGCGAACCUGCCACGGGACCACGAUCAAGUGGUACGGAUCGCCCGAUAAAAGGAAGAUUAGAUACUGCACCUACAUCUUUAAACAACAUACCAAGCACCAUUACUACACCAACAUCCGGAUGCCAUCCUAUUGUGAGCUGGAAAGCCGAGACAUCUAUUUCCACCCGCAGUUGCAGCAAAUGCACUGCAUAUUCUCCGACCAACUAAACAGCACCUCGCUCACACCGAUGUCGAUGUCCAUCACCAACCUCGCUCCAGCCCACUACUAUCUGAUAUUUGUAACGGCCAGUUUGGGCAACGGGCGCAGCAUUCCGUACCGAUCAGCUCGGAUAAAAACGCACCCGUACUGCAGGGAAAAUGAUACCCUCGUAACGAAGGAACAGCAAAAGCUACAGCAGAAACAGCAACAGCAGCAACGACUUCGAAGCAUUUCCGUGCACAGAAAGCAACAGCAGCAGCAGCAUCAGCGUGGUGGGGGAAAAUUCGGACAGCAGAAAGCCCCCCUGGAAAGGAGAAACUCGAACCGAUUGAAAAGGGAUCAGUAGAGUUAUCGGGGAGUUGAGAAUAAUCAGUUGGUGGAUCUCUAAUUUAAAAACUCCUUACAGUGAAAGGUGCAGAAGACAAGACUUUGGAAAAGGAUUCGAUGCGUUUGAAAAUAUGAGUAAGAAUUUGUAUUGGUGAAUCGUUCGAAAGUAAGGAAGCACUAUGAGAGGGGAAAUCGUAAAAUUUAAAACACUUUUGUGUACACUUGUAUGUAUACACAUGACAAGGCAAAGUGCGUUCGCAUAAAUUCAUCCUAAAUGAUUUGGCACCAAAUCGGAUAGGUAAGGAUGGAUGUUCCGGCCGGGAAAAUAAAAACAACCGGCAAGAGGGCUCCAUGAUUUAUGCUGACAUUUUCAACGGGAGAUGAAAUACACUGCAGUUAUCAGUGAUGCCAGAUUUUUUUUAUGCCACAAAUUAUUAAAUGUUUCAAAAGACGCUUUUAAACCAACUGUAGACAAGAAAAAUCUCCUUAAAUUUUAAAACAGAUUGAAACAGAAAGGUAAAUGUUCAAAUAUGUCAUCCAAAAUUACCUAAAUUUGACAAUUACAAUUGUGGAACUGUGGAAGUCGAAAUUAAAAAAAAAAUAGAAAAAAAAUAUUAAGAAGAGGUUAGAAAGACAGCACUGUGCGUUUUUUGUGAUCGACUUGGCAGAAAGACUAUGACAAUUAAUCCUCAUUCUCCAUCUGGCUCAGGUGGUACACUGGUUAAGCUGGGCUAGAUGAAAAUAGAAAUUUGUUGUGAUUUCGAUUCUCACUGACACUAUGGCUUUUUUUUAUUUUCGUGUUUCUGGAAUAAAUUAUCCAAUACGAUAAAAUUCCUAUAAAAUGUUUUUAUCAUGUUUCGCUUGAUUGUUUGUAUUCAGUGGUCCUGCAUCGUUUUGCCCUAGAGCUCGAGUUUUUAUGCCAGUCACGGAAAGCAAUCAAAUCAUCUUUGGUGCAAUGCACAUUUCAGCGCAUCUUUGGCACAUAGCUAGCUCCUAUCGGCAUUGAAAUUUAGCAACCUCUUCUUUGGGUGUUGAUAUGCUUUUUGGAGCGUUUUUUUUAUUUUGAACAGUGUAUUUGAUACGCAAUACUGCAGAAAAAUAACCCUAUCUAAUCCUCAGGGAUUAUUAAAUUUAUCAUAUAUCCGCAAGGAAUAGUUAUUUUUACAAAAAAAAACUCCGCUAUAAAUGAUGUUGUUCUAAGAUUUCGUAAUGGUGACAGCUGUUUGACAUGCACGUGGCUAUCGAUAAAGCUAAGAUAAGCUAAUACAACAAAAAACGAGAAAAUGAAUGAAGUAUCAGAAAAUAUAAUUUCAUACAGUUUUUGUUCCGAUUUUUUUUUAAAUAUAGUUGAUAAAAAAUCAUGAAAUACAAAUCUUGCCUUAAAAUAUUUUGAAUUCCAGAGGGUAAAUAUUUAAUGUUUUUGUUCAAAGCAAAUUCAAUUUUUCGUGACCUACAAAUAGUUUAUCAACUACAUUUUACUGUAAUUUCAUGAUAUAACUCAAAUAAUUCAACGCCCCCCCACAAGGUGUCGUUACCGGUAUUCAUAUUUUUUCCAUUUUUUGUAUACUGUCUACUAAAGUUUGAAGGGCUUGUGAUAUAGCUCAGUUGGCAAGUCAGUUGCUUCCUGAACCGAAGUCCGAGAGUUCGAGCUCAAGAGUAAACAUCGAUCCCAGUUGUUCCGGAAGUAGUUUUUCAAUUACUUUAUGCCAACUGCAUCGUUGUUUCGAAAUGCAAAUUUAGCUAAAAAUAAUACCAAAAAUUCAAAAUAAAUUAGGAAAUUGACUUCUUAAACCAUUUUUAUACCCAUAACCAUCACAAAAACUUGCGAAAUUAAUAAAUUUUGCUUCAAUUUUCGUUUGCUUCGAAACAACAGAAAUAAAACCAGAAUUUGAAGCUUCGGACAUAUAAAUCAGUGCACAGAAUUAGAAUACAUCAAGUAUAACACCAGAUUUAGAAAAAGAUUAAAACCAAAUUGAAAAAAUCAGACCAAUCAGAGAUUAACCACGAUUUUAAAUUAUUUAAUAGAAUGAUAAAAAAAUUAUAAAUUUUAUCAUAUUUAUCAUAUUUCUUUUCUCCAUUUUCAAUUGAAGGGUUGAUUGAAAUACUUCUCUGUAUUAUCUGAAAUUUAAAAAAAUCUUUUUUCUUUAAUUUUGUAACUGGUACGAAACAGAUAAUAAACAAAACAAGGAAUUCCAAGUUUUCUUGUAAAUAUUGAAUGCUCAAAGACAAGUUAAGUUUUCAUCGCGCAUUAAAAUUAAACUUUAAAG